AUGAAUUUGGAUGAAACACAAAUGUCGCAUGCACCACUAACCACAAGUUAUAUUAUCAAAUCACCGCGACAAAAACCAAAACAAGCAGUUGCAAUUUAUUUUACACCAAUGAAACAGCGACCUGAAAUAGCAUUAACUGAAAUGCAAUUAUGCAAUGAUGCUGAUGUACCACUUUUAUUUAAACUUUGCUCCGAUGCGACAUCCAGUAUUACGGCAACACCAGCUGGAAGUGGUUGUAUUCCGCCACGUGCGGAGCAACGUUGUUUUUUAACUUGGCGACGAACAAAACAACAACAGCAAUUACAAAAAGAUAUAAAAACAUCAAAAUUAAUUUUAGUUACAAAUUUUGUUGAACAAGAAAUUGAUAACAAUCAAACAAUUGUAACUAAAUUAAUAGCACGAAUACAUUCAGAAGGAGAAGGAACAGAGAGACAAAUACCAUUAAUGAAAUUUACAUUUGAAAGAAAAGAAUUGAUCACAUCAUCUGAAACAUUAAGUUAUCAAACGAAUAACACUAAUAUAGAAACAGCGAAAAUAAAUUAUGAUCGAGAGGAAGCAUUAAAAGAAUUAAAUAAUUUCAUUCAAUGGUUCCAGCUACAUCCAUUGGAAACAAUGAUGCUACUAUUAUUCUUUAUUGCAUUAUUUGUCGCAAUUUUUAAUUAA